GUAUGUUUCUUGAGUAGGGGAAAAAGCUCGUUCUGUACUGUACAGUAUCGUAUGCUACGGCAUGGGUCAGACCUACCUACCGUUUGGCACACAACUACGGCAAAACGUACGGUACCGUUGAUCACUUAUCUUCGUACAGGAUUCCUUCAUCGUGAUUUUGGACAUGCAGUGCACACAUCCCUCCACUAUUAGGGAGCGAAGAACGCAACAUCAAUCAAGCUCAAACCAACGCUCUAUCGCAAAGUCUCUAAAAGACAACCGCAACCAAACACAAAAUGACGGAAGAAUCCUCCUCCUCCUCGUCGCCGUCCACGACUGCAGCGACACCAACACCGGCAGGAGCAACUCCUGCGACGACGUGGGAGUUGCCCGCUGGAAUCGAGGACGACAUCGAACAAGGUGCGUGCGUUUUUUCGAGUCCACCAGAACGAGCUGUUUGGAUUGUUCAUAGUCCUUUGUGUACCGCGUUUCAAUGCACAAAGCGAGAGGAGAAAGCGGCACGGCACGACAGGAGGAACGAGAUUGCUUUUCGCACCGUUCUUAUCGCUUCGUACACCACAGGAAUGGAUUUAUUCAUUCCUACUUGGACGAAACCAACGAACCAACCCGCUUACACAACACCGCAUUCUUUUAUUUCUUCUCUCUUUGGUCACUUUGUGGCAUUCUGAAACCAAACGUUCUGCUUGUUGCAAUCACGGAACAAAUAUGGCCGGUAUGCUUGCUGUACACUACAACCGUAUUCCGGUUUGUUUCGUUCGCGUGUGGACUUUCCAUUUGCAAUUUUUGUGCGGACAACCAAUCCACGAAACAAAACAUGCAUUCCAAAAAACACGCCGAUCGCAUCCUCGGUGCCGUCUUCGUUCCGUCGCGCACCGCGACGCUUCCACGUCCGAUCGACCAAAAUGCCACCACGAAUGACACCACGCGCUGUUUGUURUGUUAGCCCUCAUCAAGACGGCGGCCGGUGCCCUGGCCGGUGGCCUGCUGGGUCUGGUGUUCCUGAGGAGCGGAAAGGGCCGCAGGUCCGCGGCGAUAGCGACCGGGAUCGGGRCCGGCCUCGGAUCGACCUACGAGCGGGUCAAGUUUCGGUACGCCGACGCCACCGCCCARAAGGARUAAACAAACAACCGCCGAGUCGAGCCAGCAAACAGCAGGAACCCCUUGGUCCCGCCCGCGAAGCCGACAGGGAGAAACGGAGGAAUGCCAAACGAAACCGCCCGGCGCAACACCGAAUGCUCGGGCAAUGAAACGGGAACGAAGAAAGCGCUUGGCACGCCAGCGCUUGACUCGAUAGAACGUAAUGCAAUAUAACACAGUGCAACUCAAUGCAGCUUUGCUACAUAGCACAGCACAGCACAUCAUAGCAAAACAACAAAACCACAGAAUGAGCACCAAUCGAUGUAUCCAUGAACUGUUUUAGUUUUUAGUACCGUUUGACUGCUUCGGUGUUGAACAAAACAGAUUCAUGAAU